UUUCCCGCAAAAAAAAGUUACCAAGUGGAACAGUUGGAGUUAUUCACAUUUUCUUUUCAUAAUGAUUGUGAUAGUUAUUUUACAUGUAUUUCUCGGGAUAUGUUUGUCUCAGCACACUCCACCCUGUGACUGUCAAAACGAUUUGGGAAUUGCCUACUGUCGCCAUGUACGGGCAUGUCCAGAAUUUGUAUCAACUGCCCAGGUGGAAUGUGCGAUAAUUGAAAUAAUUUUGAAAGCAAACACAUCGCUUGACCAAGUAAUGAUCCACGGGGAAUGUAGAAACAUGUCGGUAUACAAGCGAUUGUGCAUGUAUGCAAUUAAGCAAAUAGUAUUGCGGUCUACCAGAGAGAGUUUCCUUUGUUCAGAUUUGACCACGACGAUGAAACCGGGGCUGUUGGAAAUCACCAGCGAGAAGCAUUUUACACUCGGAAGGGAUUCGUCCAGGACAUACAAUAACUUAUCGACGACUGACGUAACCGAACAGCAUGUUGACAGAAGCACACUUAUUAAUGAAUCUUAUGCAUUUAAUAGUACACCAAUCCCGCAUGAAACUACUUCGUCCGAAAAUGAAUCCCUGGCAUUGUUUCCUAUAACUUCUCCCAAUGAUUUCACAGCCACUAUGCAUGACAGUACUCCGCUUACGCAAUCAGUAAAACAGACCACCCCCCUUAUUAAACACUCCACAAAUAUUUCUUCUGUCAUGACAACAAAUGCCUCUUUACCAUCUGCAGCUACUUCCUCUUCGCAUUAUUUUACUGUCACCUCAAAUUUGACGGACUUGACGACUGCUGACAUACAAACUCGCAUCACCACCAUCGGAACGAAAAACACUGAGUCCCUCGGUACGAAUCACGACCAACUGCUUUACAUUUUAUUUUGUGUACCUCUUUUAAUAUUGGUAUGUUUUAUUAUAUAUAUCAUUAAAAGAAAUUUUAAUCGUAGGCGAAAACACAUACAUGUAACUCAGCACGUCAGUGAUCGUGAAAAUGAUGAUACCGAUGAAGUAAUGAUGUUUGAAAUGAGACACAAAUAAAAAAUUAUUUCAAAAAAUAUGACUGCAUGCAUGUUGUAGUUG